GGAAGAGUAACGUUAGCUGCUGCUGCAAAAGCUAAUGGUGAUCCAAAAAAACAAACCGUUUACGGUUUAAGAACCAAACGGAAGCAAACAGAGCUAAUGGAAUGAAGCGAGGCGGGACCUACCUUAAUUUGCCCAAUAGAAACUCUCGUUUGCGUUUUCAGUUUGACAACACAAUCGGCGUAAUGAUUACCUCCGUGCUGUGUCGGCGUCCUGUCAAAGAGAAGAGAAAGAGGCAAGGGUGGGACGCCGGGGAUGGAGUGCAUGAAAUUACCAAUAUUUGGACAUUGUAAUUUCAAACCGAUUAUCGCUGGUGUGAACGAACGAAUUCCAGACUGCGCUGUAAAUGUCCGAGAAACCGAGAGCCCAGUAUGAGGAAAGCAACCAAGCCAGUGGCAGGCGUCUCCAAAGCCACAGCCGCAGUCACCAAGGCCCAGACCGUUGAGAAAGUCAAGCCUGAGGGCGCCGCCGCCACCAUGGGCACAGCCGGCAAGAAUACAGCCAAGACCUCUGCCACCGUGCCACUGUCUAAGGCGAAGAGCAAUGAUGACCUGCCAUCAGUAGGCAGUGGAGCCUCUGCUGGGAGCAGCACUAUUCCCAAGGUGAAGAAGACUAGCUCGGUCCACUCUUCAAACUCCUCGACUACAGGUACCAGCAACCCAGAGGGCAAGACAAAGACCAACUCAGGCAAGCGUGGGACCUCCUCCGUGGUGAAGGAGCUUGGUUCAUCCCGGGAGGGACUGCGGGAACGCUCCAGAACUUGCACCACCAGCAGGAAGCUCCCCGGACCCUCCGAUGCCUUGUCACUGCCCAAGAGAGUCCGUUGCCGGACUCAGACUGAGUCUGAGUCCCGUAUGAGCAAGUCCAAGUCGAACGGGCAGCUCAGCAACAAGACGGUCCUGGAGAGCAGGGUGAAGGACCUGCUGGGCCUGGCCAAGAGCAAAGACGUGGAGAUCCUCCACCUGCGCACAGAGCUCCGGGGCAUCCGUGUCCAGCUAGGCCUGCCCGAGGAGGAGGAAGAGGAUGGGGGGAGCAGAGCCAGAGAGGAAGGCGAGGGAGAGGAGACUGCUGAGGCUAAGCCUCCACAGGACCAGGAGAAAGAAGCCCCUACUCCGCUCAUCUCUGCAGACGUGGAAUCCACCCUGCUCUUGCUACAGGACCAGAACCAGGGGAUCCGCGGAGAGCUGAACAUGCUGAAGAGUGAGAACCGCAUGUUGAAGGACCGGCUCAACGCCCUGGGUUUCUCCCUGGAGCAGAGGCUGGACAGCCCCCUAAAGACCCUGCAAGGCCCCUGCCUUAGCUCGGAUCCUCCCCCAGCCCGCGAUGGCAGUGAUGGAGAUGGAGGGUGCCCACGGGCCUCUCUAUUACAGGGUGUCUCCCCACACAGCUCUGCCUGCGGCUCUACUGAAGACCUUCUUGACCCCCGCUGUGCCAUCUCCCCUGAGGCGGCUGACAGCGAAUGCAGCGAAGCCUACCAGCCAAUCACCUCCAGCGAUGAUGCCCUGGAUGCCCCCUCUGGUUCUGCCUACGGCUCCUCCUCCGAGUCAGAGGGCGGGCCACCGACUCACGGCGAGUGCUCCCGAAGAGGCAGCAGCGGCAACACCAGCGAGGUGUCGGUGGCCUGUCUAACGGAGCGCAUUCACCAGAUGGAGGAGAACCAGCACUGCACCUCUGAGGAGCUCCAGGCCACACUACAGGAGUUGUCUGACCUGCAGCAGAUCACCCAGGAACUAAGUACAGAGAACGAGCGGCUGGGCGAGGAGCGGACCAUCCUGGUGGACUCCCUGUGCCAGCAGGGCGACCGGCUGGAGCUUUACUGCCGGCAGAUGGACUACUUCCGGGGCCUGCUGGAUGAGCACCGCGUGACGUACGCCCCGGCCGACGAGGAGGACACUAAGAGCGGCCGCUACCUGGAACUGGAGCGUCGCUAUGUGGACUUGACGCAGGGCGCCCACUUCGAGAGGGAGCAGCUGCUGGGGGUGCAGCAGCACCUGAGUGGGGCGCUGAAAAUGGCCGAGCAGGACAACGCCGAGGCCCAGGGCCUCAUCUCAGCGCUGAAGGAGCGGGUGCACAUGGCAGAGCGGCAGGCUGAUAUGGAGCGCAGGGAAAGAGCGAUGGCGGCCGCGGAGCUGGAAGCCAUGAGGGAGGCGGCUGGGGGGGAGCAGGCGGAGCUGGCUCGGUGCAGAGUCCAGCUGGAGCAGGAGAGGCAGAGGGUGGCUGAGCUCUACUCCAUCCACAACGCCGGGGACAAGACGGACAUCCGCCACCUGCUGGAGAGCGAGAGGAGGGACAAGGAGAGGGCAGAGGCCGAGUCUGUUCAGCUGCAGGAGGACCUGGACCACACCCACGACGAGGCCGCCAGGCUACAGGACGGCAUCCGCAAGCUGGAGGAGGACUUCCGUGCGUUCCGUGGCGAGGUGCAGAAGCAGUUGGCUGAGCAGAAGCGGGCCCUGGCCCAGCAGUGUUCUGAGCUGGAGGAAAGGGACACAGAGGUCUCUGACAUGAAGGAGACCAUUUUUGAGCUGGAGGACGAGGUGGAGCAACACCGAGCCCUCAAACUCCACGACAACCUCAUGAUCACAGACCUGGAGAACUCCGUCAAAAAACUACAGGACCAAAAACAUGACAUGGAGCGUGAGAUCAAGAUUCUGCAUCGAAAGCUACGGGAGGAGUCUAUGGAGUGGCGUCAGUUCCAGGCCGACCUGCAGACGGCGGUGGUCAUCGCCAACGACAUCAAGUCCGAGGCUCAGGAGGAGAUCGGGGACCUGCGGCGCCGCCUACUGGACACACAGGAGAAGAACGAGAAGAUGAGCAAAGAGCUGGAGGAGCUCAAGAAGCAGGAUGAAGAGAGGGGCAGGGUGUAUAACUACAUGAAUGCAGUUGAGAGGGACCUAGCUGCCCUGAGGCAGGGCAUGGGUCUCAGCCGACUCUCCUCUACCUCCUCUGAGCCCUCUCCAACCGUUAAGACCCUCAUCAAAAACUUUGACAACGCCUCCACUGCAGGCCCAGUCCCAACCUCCCCCACAGCAGCCGUGCCAGCAGUUACCACGAUGGUUGCCCGUACACCCCUCAGCCCCAGUCCUCUGAAAACCCCACCCGCUGCUGCUAUCUCUCCCAUACAGAGGCACACUGCGUCAACCCCCAAACCCCUGUCCUCCAUGGUGGAUAAAAGGUCCAGCUACACAGACCUCAAUAUGCCAGCAGAUCACCUGUUCCGGGCCUCCUCUGGGACCCGCACCCCCUCUGCCCUUCAGAGGGUCCCCAACAUGGACUCCUCCAAGUCCCUCUCAGUGUCUCGCAGGAGCAGUGAGGAGCUGAAGAGAGACAUGUCUUCCUUAGAGAACACCUCCUCCCCCGCAGCCUCCUCCCCCACCGCCUCAGUCCCCCCUUCCACAAGGGGACGCUUACGGGAGGGGAGAAAAGACGCCCUGUCUGCACUGGCCAGGGAGUACGGGGGAUCCAAGAGGAACGCCCUGCUCAAGUGGUGCCAGAAGAAGACUGAAGGAUACCAGAACAUUGACAUCACCAACUUCAGCAGCAGCUGGAACGACGGGCUGGCCUUCUGUGCUGUUCUCCACACCUACCUGCCUGCCCACAUCCCCUACCUGGAGCUCUCCAGCCAGGACAAGAAGGAGAAUUUCACACUGGCUUUCCAGGCCGCGGAAAGUGUCGGGAUCAAGUCCACGUUGGACAUUGGAGAGAUGGUGUACACAGAGAGGCCUGACUGGCAGAGUGUGAUGACCUACGUCACGGCCAUCUACAAGUACUUUGAGACGUGACCCGUCUUCAAGCCUGAACACCUCGCUGCCCCGCACACCCCAGACCACAUUUCGAGCAAGGGCUGUCAUCACAACACUGGACAACCUUAGAGCAACAUCAGCUAAUGCUACCUGCUAAGACUUCUGGGACCCUGAGUUCUACAUUUUAAGCGCUAUCGCUUAACUCCAUCCAAUAUGUUCCAUGUGUACGCUGCAAUGUUCUACAAAUUCUUGUCUUGGGACGCUCAUGUGGUUUCUCAGCUAGACUGAAACCCUCGAAGACUAUGCUAUGGAUAGACCGAGGCCCUGGGUAUUGGACAAUGUGUUGACCAGGCCCCCAUCUGUCGUUCAACUUCCCUUGGAUCAGUGACUUCCUGUAUACUCAAGUCUUUUGACCUCUUGACUCCAGCCCUAUGUGAACUCUGCGCUGUCUGCAGUAGCCUAUAAUAACACCAUGAUCACCUCCAACACUACACUUCAAGUUAGGUAGUACAUGUUUAGCGAGCUGAAAAAUAAUGUGGGUAUGGGUUUUGGAUUUGGAAUACUGCAGAGAACAGGACAGCGUUUUAAAAAUAGUUUUGCCCAUUUUGUCCGAGCAAUGACUUUAAUGGUAAGUGUGCCUUACCUGUCCAGCUUAACUGUCACGGUAGGUGUUUUAGCACAAUGCUUUGCUGUGAUAUAUAUAUAUUCCAAAGAGAUAAUGUACAGGUUUGGCAGAUGAAGAUAUCUUGAACUUCACAAUAAUCAGUGCCAUGUUAGUCUCUUGUUUGUCAUAAUUGGCCAAUACAAUAAGCAUUGACCAUUAGUAACAGAAGUCAAUUGCAUUGAAGUCUUUUACACCAUUUACAUUUUGUUAUUUUUAUCAGUCUAGCAGUCUGUUGUGUCAACUCUACGAAACUAAUGGUUGGCCAUCAUGGCCAGUCUCUGGGUGUAUAGUGAGGUCAGUUGCCCUGUAGCACACCAAUCCAUAAAUAGGCUGAACAACACAGGGAGCUGACCUGAUAAGCUAACAGUUAUGUCAUUACGGUAAAGCCACAAAUCCUCACUGAUUUCAAAGCACAACGAGGGGAGGGGAGGCUCUUUACUCAAAUGGAAUGUGUUUAAACCUUCAUCAAUGCCAUGAAAAACACUUUGAAGGUUUCAAAGGGUGAUUCCUCAUGAAACCAGGACAAGAAAAUAGACUGAUUUUGGGGAUUUUCAUGACAUGUAAUCCAUAGAAUGGUCCUUUGGAGGAAUGAUUGUUGACAUACAUUUGGAAAGUAUUAUGACCCCUUCACUUUUUACACAUUUUGUUAUGUUACAGCCUUAUUCUAAAAUUGAUUUAAAUAGUUAUUUUUUUCUACACACAAUAUUCCAUAAUUACAAUGCAAAAACUGGUUUUUGCUAAUUUAUUAAAAAUAAAAACUAAUCACAUUUACAGAAGUAUUCAGACCUUUACUCUGUUGAAGCACGUUUGGCAGCGAUUACAGCCUUGAAUCUUCUUGUGUAUGAUUCUACAAGCUUGGCACACCUGUAUUUAGGGAGUUUCUCCCAUUCUUCUCUGCAGAUCCUCUCAAGCUCUGUCAAGUUGGAUGGGGAGCAUCGCUGCCCAGCUAUUUUCAGGUCUGUCCAGAGAUGUUCGAUCGGGUUUAAGUCCGGGCUCUGGCUGGGCCAUCAAAUGACAUUCAGAGACUUGUCCCAAAGCCUCGAUUACAAUCCUGUCUCGGAGGUCUACGGACAAUUCCCUCGACCUCAUGGCUUGGUGUUUGCUCUGACAUGCACUGUCAACUGUGGGACCUUAAAUUGUGUCCCUUUCCAAAUCAUGUCCCAUCAAUUUAAUUUACCACAGGUGGACUCCAAGUUGUAGAAACAUCUCAAGGAUAAUCAAUGGAAACAGGAUGCACCUGAGCUUAAUUUCGAGUUUCAUAGCAAAGGGUCUGAAUACUUAUGUAAAAGUAGGUAUUUCUGUUUUAUUUAUUUUUAUAAAUUAGCAAAAAUGUCUAAACUUGUUUUCGCUUUGUCAUUAUGGGGUAAUUGUGUGUAGAUUUCUGAGGAUAGUUUUAUUUUAUCCAUUUUAUAAAGGUAACUUAACAAAAUGUUGGAAGUCAAGGGGUCUGAAUACUUUCCGAAGGCCCUGUGUGUCAUUUAGUAUCUAAAAGCAUAAUUGAGAAAUAAUUAAUCAAAGUUGGCCUAUUUCUGACAUUUUGGCCUUACCCAGGCCUCCUCCAAGACUCCAUGAUGUUUACCGCUUGCUCUGUAAUAUGAGUAGUAUUUUUUUAUUUAUUUUUUAUUCUUACAUUAUUUAUGAAUAUUGAAAAAUAUAAACAUGAAUAUUGAAAAUAUAAAAAAUUUGAUUUGCCUAUCACAUGGACAUUUCAAAGUUCCAGAGUAGGAUUGCUGCUACUUUUAGAGUUGCAGGAUGUUCAAUGAUACAAGUAAAAGGAGGGCUGUGAUUGGUUACAUUGCCUACUAUGCCAAUGUCUUUGUAUAAAAUGGGCCAUUACAUUUUUAUAUUUGUUUUAUAUUAAUUAAAUUAAGAAAAUUGUUAUUGAAAUCAAAACACAUUUCAGAGCAAGCGGUAUUUUUUUUUUAACAUUUGUUUAACUAGGCAAGUCAGUUAAGAACAAAUUCUUAUUUACAAUGCCGACCUACACCGGCCAAACCCGGACGAUGCUGGGCCAAUUGUGCGCCGCCCUAUGGGACUCCCAACCAUGGCCGGUUGUGAUACAGUGGUAAAGCUUUUAUAUGACACACAUUUUUGCUUUGUGUCGCCUACAUAUGAAACAUUAUGGAGUCUUAAAAGAGGCCUGCCUGGGUAAGGCUAAAAUGCGAACUUUGAUAAAUGAUUUCUCGAUUAUACUUCUAGAAUAAAUUUCAUGAAAAUCCCCCAAAAAUCAUUAUAGCUUUUUGUCCUGUUGGAAAGUGUACAACUGUCUGUGUGUGUCUGUUUGUUUGUAGUUUACAUACACCUUAGCCAAAUACAUUUAAAUGGAGUUUUACACAAUUCCUGACACUUAAUCCUAGUAAAAAUUCCCUCUUAGGUCAGUUAGGAUCACCACUUUUUAAGAAUGUGAAAUGUCAGAAUAAUAGUAGAGAAUUAUUUAUUUCAGCUUUUAUUUCUUUCAUCACAUUCCCAGUGGGUCAGAAGUUUACAUACUCUCAAUUAGUAUUUGGUAGCAUUGCCUUUAAAUUGCUUAACUUUGAUUAAACGUUUCGGGUAGCCUUCCACAAGCUUCCCACAAUAAGUUGGGUGAAUUUUGGCCCAUUCCUCCUGACAGAGCUGGUGUAACUGAGUCAGGUUUGUAGGCCUCCUUCCUUGCACACGCUUUUUCAGUUCUGCCCACAAAUUUUCUAUAGGAUUGAGGUCAGGGCUUUGUGAUGGCCACUCCAAUACCUUGACUUUGUGGUCCUUAAGCCAUUUUGCUACAACUUUGGAAGUUUGCUUGGUGUCAUUGUCCAUUUGGAAGACCCAUUUGCGACCAAGCUUUAACUUCCUGACUGAUGUGUUGAGAUGUUGCUUCAAUAUAUCCACAUCAUUUUCCACCGUCAUGAUGCCAUCUAUUUUGUGAAGUGCACCAGUCUCUCCUGCAGCAAAGCACCCCCACAACAUGAUGCUGCCACCCCCGUGCUUCUUGGUUGGGAUGGUGUUCUUCGGCUUGCAAGCAUCCCCUUUUUUUCUCCAAACAUAACAAUGGUCAUUAUGGCCAAACGGUUCUAUUUUUGUUUCAUCAGACUAGAGGACAUUUCUCCAAAAAGUACGAUCUUUGUCCCCAUGUGCAGUUGCAAACCGUAGUCUGGCUUUUUUAUGGCGGUUUUGGAGCAGUGGCUUCUUCCUUGCUGAGUGGCCUUUCAGGUUAUGUCGAUAUAGGACUUGUUUUACUGUGGAUAUAGAUACUUUUAUACCCGUUUCCUCCAGCAUCUUCAGAAGGUCCUUUGCUGCUGUUCUGGAAUUGAUUUGCACUUUUCGUACCAAAGUACAUUUUUCUCUAGGAGACAGAACGCUUCUCCUUCCUGAGCGGUGUGACGGCUGCGUUGUCCCAUGGUGUUUAUACUUGCGUACUAUUGUUUGUACAGAUGAACGUUGUACCUUCAGGCGUUUAGAAAUUGCUCCCAAGGAUGAGCCAGACUUGUGGAGGUCUACCAUUAUUUUUCUGAGGUCUUGGCUGAUUUCUUUUGAUUUUCCAAUGAUGUCAAGCAAAAAUCCACUGAGUUUGAAGGUAGGCCUUGAAAUACAUCCACAGGUAUACCUCCAAUUGACUCAGGCUAAUUGACAUAAUUUAUCAGAAGCUUCUAAAGCCAUGACAUUUUCUGGAAUUUCCCAAGCUGUUUAAGGGCACAGUCAACUUAGUGUAUGUAAACUUCUGACCCACUGGAAUUGUGAUACAGUGAAAUAAUCUGUCUGUAAACAAUUGUUAGAAAAAUUACUUGUCACACAUAAAGUAGAUGUCCUAACCGACUUACCAAAACUAUAGUUUGUUUACAAGACAUUUGUGGAGUGGUUGAAAAAUGAGUUUUAAUGACUCCAAACUAAGUGUAUGUAAACUUCUGACUUCAACUCUAUGUGUGUGUGUGAGAACUUGUGAGUGGUGUUUUUGGUACAUUGCAAUAGUCUCCUUAUCCUAAGAUUCCAUGUGAAUAAUUCACAACAUUCUGUUGUUGCUCAUAAAGGCGUCUGAUAAGGUUGCCUCACUUGCCUCUGCUAAGAUGAGCUACACAAAUUGAAUAGGUACUGGUCAUUGCCAGGAUUCAAUGAUUAUAUAUAUAUAUAUAUAUAUAUAUGUUACCAGUCAAAGGUUUGGACACACCUACUCAUUCAAGGGUUUUUCUUUAUUUGUACUAUUUUCUACAUUGUAGAAUAAUAGUGGUCAAAUAGCCCUUACACAGCCUGGAGGUGUGUUGGGUCAUUGUCCUGUUGAAAAACGAAUUAUAGUCCCACUCAGUGCAAACCAGAUGGGAAGGCGUAUUACUGCAAAUGUUGUGGUAGCUAUGCUGGUUAAGUUUUCCUUGAAUCUAAAAAAAAUCACGACAGGAUCACCAGGAAAGCACCAUCACACCUCCUCCUCCAUGCUUCAAAGGCACACCUGUUAAUUGAAAUACAUUCCAGCUGACUACCUCAUGAAGCUGGUUGAGAGAAUGCCAAGGGUCUGAAAAGCUGUCAAGGCAAAGUGUGGCAACUUUGAAGAAUCUCAAAUAUAAAAUGUGUUUUGACAUGUUUAACAUUUUUGUUUGUUACUACAUGAUUCCAUAUGUGUUAUUUCAUAGUGAAGAUAUCUAAACUAUCAUUCUACAAUGUAUAAAAUAGUACAAAUAAAGAAAAACCCUUGAAUGAGUAAGUGUGUCCAAACCUUUGACUGGUAGUGUGUAUAUAUGUGUCCACAUUUUUCACAGGUGAACUGGUUUAUUCUCUUUUUGAAUUUGCCUAUAAAUAAACUGCCCCUCUGUUCACAUUG